CGGGCAGCUCGGCGCACGAAACCAAACGUGGUAAAGCCGUGUGAAACGAACCGGAGAGGAAAGCAAAGGAAAGCCAGGACAGGACGCCGGAAACGAGACCAUGCGGCUCCCCCACGCGUCAGACCUCCGCGCCUUCCUCGCCGCGGCCGCCGUCGCGCACCUCUCAUCCUCCCCGGCCUCCCGCGCCUCCCCGUGCGUGCCCCCUCCCCCGCCGCCGCGACUCCGCGCUUUCGCCUCCUCCCGCGCCUCGCCGCCCCCAACGUCCUCUUCGCCCUCGCCCUCGCCCUCGGGGCCCCUCGCCUCGGCGGGUGCUUCCGCCGCCGCCGCCUGCGAGCAGGGGGUGACGAAGGCCGCUAUCUGCACGGCCGACGAGCUACACUAUGCUCCCGUGCCGGGCACUGAGUGGCGGCUCGCGAUGUGGCGGUACCGCCCACCGCCUGAGGCGCCGAAGAGGAACCACCCGCUGAUGCUGCUGUCCGGCGUGGCCACCAACGCUAUUGGGUUCGACCUGUCCCCGGGGGCUUCAUUUGCUCGUCAUAUGUCUAUGCAAGGAUUCGAUACAUGGAUUGUUGAAGUGCGUGGUGCGGGCCUGAGCAUGCGUGGAUCAGAACUAGCUGCAGCUAACACCAAGUCUGACAUGCCCCCUUAUUCUGGUUUGGAUAAAAGUUCUACACUGAAAGCAAAUGUUAUUGUUCCUUCCAAGGAUAUGUCCACUUCUCAACCUCAAAUUUCUGAAGUUCCAGUAAUAGCAGAUAAGAACAUAGUAGGAAAAAGUACAUCGGAAGAACCACAGCUGGUGACGAAGUUAUCAAAUGCUUUGGCACGAUUGGGUGAAACAUUCUCAAGUUAUGUAAAAGAUAGCCGGCUGAGAAACAUCGCUGAUAGUUUUUUUGAUAGAGUGUCAGAACUUGUUCCUGAUGCCUCAUUAGCUAGUCUUGAGGAGGUUUCAGAAACGAUUCUAGGUUUGUUGGAAUUGCCCCAGACAUCAGUGAUAUCUGAUCAGAUUGGCAAUUUAAGCCAGCGCCUUGUGAAGAUUCUUGGGGAAGACCAACAAAAUGUCUCCCCUCGGAUAUUUGGCUGGCAAGAACGCCUAUCUGCAACCAUAGAAGACCUCCAGAAACAAUUGGAGCUUAUUAUUAGCUACAAUUGGGACUUUGAUCAUUAUUUGGAGGAGGAUGUACCUACAGCGAUGGAUUAUAUAAGAAAGCAUAGCGUCACAAAGGAUGGGAAAUUGCUUGCCAUUGGUCAUUCCAUGGGAGGAAUAUUACUGUAUGCAAUGGUGUCAAAAUGUGGAUUCAAAGGGGCUGAGCCAGAGCUGGCAGCAAUUGUUACUUUGGCUUCAUCAGUUGACUACACAACAUCCAAUUCCUCACUCAAGUUGCUAUUGCCUUUUGCAGAUCCAGCUGAAAUGUUGGGUGUUCCAGCUAUCCCACUAGGAACAUUACUGUCUACAACCUAUCCUAUAUCAUCCCGUGCACCAUAUAUUGUGUCACUGCUGCGUUCUCAAAUUUCAGCCGAGGACAUGAUGGACCCUGAACUGCUUUCAAAGCUCAUCUUGAAUAACUUUUGCACAGUACCAGCAAAGGUUCUGUUGCAGCUGAGGACCGCAUUCUGUGAUGGUGGGCUGCGCAACAGGACUGGCACCUUUUUCUUCAAAGAGCAUCUUCACAAAAUCAAAGUUCCAGUACUUGCCCUUGCUGGAGAUGAGGAUCUGAUUUGCCCCCCAGAAGCUGUAUACGAAACCGUGAAAUUAAUUCCUCAGCAUUUGGUCACGUACAAGGUUUUCGGGAACCCCGAAGGCCCUCACUAUGCACAUUAUGACUUAGUUGGAGGGCGGAAGGCUGUCCAUGAAGUGUACCCGUGUAUAAUAGAGUUUCUCUCCCGACAUGACGAAGUGUCUUCUUAAGUUCUCAAGAUCAGAAAAGUUACAGUACAAUGGUCAACCCCUCAUUGAGACACACGGUCAAAUCUGUUAGAUAAUUGAAUACGAGUAAUAUCCCGUGUUAUAAGUGGUUCUUUGCAUAUUGCUUACAUGUACAUGUAUAUAUAUUGGUCUAUAAUCUUUAUGGAAUACAAGUUAUUCGUAAUAUAAUAUUAGAGCUAGUUUUUUCUGCA